AUGAGACUGGAAUUGAACUCGUCAGGAAAUGAGCUUCUACAGGCCAUCGAAAAUGCACCAAGGAUUGUGACCGACCAGGAAGAAGCUACUGCAGCUCUCUCCCAGUCUCUAGUUGCGAAAAAGGUUUCAAAAUCUAAGGCCCACGAUAGGUGCUAUGACGAAGUUAUGGCUUUGGAGCAUGCCAAACAGAUUGAGGUGAACGUACCUUCUGUCUAUCGAAUCGUCAAGGGUAACGAUCGUUUGUACUAUAUCAUCAUGGAACGAAUCCAAGGCAAGACAUUGGAGCAACUAUGGUCGAGUAUCGGGUGGUUCGAAACACUACUUUACUCAUGGCAGCUCCGGAAAAUUGUGAAACUUAUGCGACAAAGCGUUUCUGUGCGUGGCGGAGGAUUAGCAUCUGGUCGAUAUUUCUCUUCUCACCUAGAAGGAAUAAAUCGUCUUGUUCGACACAUCUCUCCUACUCACCUCGCCAAGUAUCUAAAUUGGUGGCUCUUCAACUGUCGCCCGACCACCCUCACUCCUCGUCCUGGCCUCUUUUUACGACCAUUAGAACACCAUGUGUUCACGCAUCAAGACCUCGCGCCCAGGAAUAUCAUAGUAGAUCCACAGGACCGACUCUGGAUAGUGGGCUGGGGAUACGCAGGCUAUUUUCCCAUAUAUGUCGAGUAUACAGCAAUGCAACACCAUGCUAUGGAUAGGGUCGAUAACCCAUCCUUCAAGGCACGACUCGCCCGAUGGCGAUGGUACUUCUUGAGAUGGAUCGUCGCAGGUUCCUAUCCUAGAGAGGCUCGCGCCCUGUUCGAAAUAUCUCGACGUUCUACCCAGUUCAAAGCGGGAAGUAAUCCUCCAUAUAGGGAUCGGAAACUAGGGGGGUCUGUAGUCCCCGUUGACUCGAGAUGGGAGUUUGGGUUGCAGGACUAG